AUGAAGCCCGGAGGCGGUGGCCCCCCGGCGGCCCCGGAGUCCGAGCCGGCUGGCCUGCCCCUGGUUCUGCCGCGGCCCUGGGGCUGUCCCGCUGACGUGCGGCUCUGCGGCCACCUGCGCAAGCAGAAGUCCCAGCGCCGCCGCUUCUUCGUGCUCCGCGCCGACCCGCCGCGCCUCGAGUGCUACGAGAGCGAGAAAAAGUUCCGCGCCGGCCAAGCGCCGCCCAAGCUCAGCGCGAGCCUGGCGGGUGCGUGCACCAUCAGCAAGCGCGUGGACGCGCGCCAGCGCCACCUGAUCGUCCUCUACACGCGCGACCGCAGCCUGGGCGUGGCGGCGGCCUGCGAAGCGGAGCAGCAGGCGUGGCACAACGCCCUGCUCGAGGCGCGCGCGGCCCCCCCUGUGACCAGCCCUGUCUCUUCAGGUCCCAGCUUCCACGAGGACCCCGCCGCCUGGAUUCUCGCUCCAUUUCAGGACGUCUGGUCCGUGACACUGCGGCCCAAGGGACUGGGGCGAACACGAGGCCUGGGCAGCGGCGGCUACCGCCUGUGCCUGGGUUCGGGGGUGCUGUGCCUGCUGCGGAAGCCCAAGGGCAGAGGCUCUGGGGACACCCAGGCUUCGUCGCCGCCGCCGCCCGCCCUGCGCCUGUCCCUGCUCAGUGUGCGCCGCUGCGGCCACGCAGACUCUUUCUUCUUCCUGGAGCUCGGCCGCUCGGCGCCCACGGGUCCCGGGGAGCUGUGGCUACAGGCCCCCGAUGCUGUGGUGGCCCAAAGCAUUCACGAGACCGUGCUGGCCGCCAUGAAGCGACUCGGGGAUGGCAUCGCCGGUGGCAGGGCUGAGCCACUGCCAAGGGAUCCCCCGACGAGCGCUUACAGACCCUCCACCUCCCAACCUUAUGCGACCCUGGCCUCGGCAGCCCAGUCAAGUGGCCCGAGCCAUUGCAGGGGCCUGAGGGAGAGAAGGGGGAAAGCAACCCUCCAGACGCUGGCUACCGCAGCCUCGCAGCCCGAGGGCUUGGAGCGGGGAGGGGGCUACAUAGCCAUGGGAGCCCAGAGCGACUAUGAGCCCAUGGGGGUUGGCGAAGCAGGUGGCUACAUGGUGAUGGCACCCCCUCGCCUUGCGGCCUCUGCCCCUGCAGCUCCCCACCACCCGCUCCAAGGUUGCGGGGGCAGCGAAUACGUGCCCAUGAGCCGCCUUCUGCCAGGGUCCUUGCCCUCGAGCUCCCUGCCCCGUUCCUAUAAGCUCGGGGCCGGGGAGCCUGGACCUUCCUUCCAGGGCCCCCGCCGCAGCAUCGGGGAACGUUGGGGACCAGCAGGGGCUCAUUCCUCCUUGCAGCCGCCCUCAAAGCUAGCAGGGGAGUACGUGUGCAUCAAGUACGUGGCCCCGGACUACUUAGGAACGGGCAGUGCCAUACAAGAAGUCCCCAACAGCCACCUCAACUACGUGGACCUGGACCUGAUCCCUCCGCUGGAGGCUCGAGGUGACGCCCCCGGGUCCAUCAGGAACCGCCAGCACAGCUAUGCCUGCAUCGAGUUCCAGAACCUCAGAGAAGCUCCGGUGAGGAGAUGUGGGCAGUCCUGCCCUGUCUAG